AUGAUCUGCCUAGGCCCAGAGGACAUGCAGGACAUCUACACCCAGUCGACACUCAAUAGGAAAGUAAUCCUCCGGGCUACCAUCACCAUCGCGUGGCCCGAAGUUGACUUGAGGAGAGAUACUGCCAACUUCUUGGCUGCAAUCGCUGGAAUUUCAAAAAGCUUGCAGCCUGAAAGUGCAGCCGAUGAUGGGGUGGGUCUGUUGCAGGGUACCACUGUCAUUACUGCAGAUGACCUGCGGCGAUACGAGGUACUUUAUCGCAAGUUCGUCUUUGCGCUUUUUGGACGCAACUCGAGCCGUGACCUAAGCUCACUUAUCAAUCCAUUGGCACUUUUGAGAAGGCUGUUUGGCAGCGCGGUCCCAAUGCAGAAUGACGUUCUUGAACAACAAGCGAUCAUAGAGAUCUGUUCAUUGCUUGAUUCGGAAUACUUUGGGAGAAUGCUGUCUUUUCCAGACUUCGUGUUAUCUAAGCAGAUCUUUCUACGCUGUACAUCGGUGGAUCUGGAAUGGAACGCCUUUUGCAGCGCCGUCUAUUCGAUGGUUAUGUAUGGAGUGCAUGCAGGGAUGAAAUCAUCGCAAGCUGAGAACCUUCUGAUUGCAGACCUUUUGCGUCAGCGAUAUCACAACUCCAGGCUAUCCUUCGCCGAAGGUCUACUCGCGAUACAGGGCUGCAAUUUCGAGGAAACUCACACAGCGUCCUUUGUCUUUCCUCUGCUUGCACUGAGCAAUAGUGAUCGUAGGGAGCACGCACUACCUCGAGUUGACUACGCAGAAGGUGAACAGCAGGUGCUGCAGUCAAUCUCCACAGCACUAGGAGACUACUUCAAGGCGCCCAUCAAUCUCUCACUUUCUGGACUCCCAAACAGCGAGGGAAGAUCUGGCUAUCCAACCUGGCUUCCAGAAUUUGGCCCGAAGCAGCGUAUGAUAUUGGCACAUCCCAACUCGAGACUCGCUACCUCCGCACUUCGUAGCUAUGAUUUUGUGGUGGAUGAAUCCCGCAAAGGACGAUGUCGUGGAGCUCGUGUAGACACCGUAGCAGUCGUGAAGAGCUACCUCGCGCCGCGUCGCAUUUGCGACCAAUAUGAUCUGACGGGAGACAAUUUAUUUGAGCUUCUCCGUUGGUACAAGUUCGCAUGUGGCACCGAGACAACCGACAUGCCCAACAACAGCUCAGAUGAGCUGAUAGUCCAAUUCGCGGAAACUAUACAAGCAAAAGGAUCAAAUCACAUCUGGGACAGUCACCAGAAAGUCGCAUCGUCUGAGGUUGUGAACCGAACGCGAGGUUUUAUGGACUUCCUCGAGGACCCAGAAACCCCGGAGACCCACGACAUUCGUCUUUUCUAUGCGGCUUGCCUACCAUCCCACGACAGGAGGUUUGGAAAAACUACUGCUGGGAGAUUUUGUCUCCUUCCCUCGGCUGCGGCUUUCCACGAUAUCGUAUGCAUCAUACAAGGAUUCAAGGUUCCCGUGCUGCUGAGGCCGACAGGGUCGGGAUAUCAGAAUGUUGGCGAGUGUUACGUGCACGGUAUCAUGGAAGGAGAACUCGAUAGCUUGGAAGAAGAAAUCUUUCUACUGGAGUAA